CCCCAAACCAGGCAUCGCAUGUUGGGUGCAUCGUCCACGUCCUCGUGCCUUCGGUUGCAGCCCAUUCGCCCUUCUCCUCACAUUUCGCCAUUGUCGAGGAGGUUGUUGGUCUCUCGCUGCUGUUGUUUGUUUGUUUGUUGUGCAUACAGACAGAGAGAGGGUGUGUGUGUGGUGGGGGGAGAGUGCGCUGAGUUUGUAUGUGAGAACAACAGUAAGAGGGAAGAGAAGGAGGCUCUUGCGUCCCUCUCCAUGACGACGCGCAUCACGCCCGGUGUGGGUGCCAACCUCCUUGGCCAACACGCCGCUGAGCGUAACCAGGAUGCGACCGCUUACGUCGGCAACCUCGACUCUCAGGUUUCGGAAGAGUUGUUGUGGGAGUUGUUCGUGCAGGCUGGACCCGUAGUUAAUGUAUAUGUACCGAAGGACAGGGUCACUAAUUUACACCAAGGUUAUGGAUUUAUCGAGUUCCGAAGUGAAGAUGAUGCCGAUUAUGCUAUCAAGAUCUUGAACAUGAUCAAGUUGUAUGGAAAACCUAUUCGAGUAAAUAAGGCGUCUCAAGACAAGAAGAGUUUGGAUGUUGGUGCGAACUUGUUCGUGGGUAACUUAGAUCCUGAUGUGGAUGAGAAACUAUUGUACGAUACUUUCAGUGCCUUUGGCGUGAUAGUCACAAACCCUAAGAUCAUGAGGGAUCCAGAUUCUGGUAAUUCGCGAGGAUUUGGCUUCAUCAGCUACGAUUCGUUUGAAGCUUCAGACUCUGCAAUUGAGGCCAUGAACGGGCAAUAUUUGUGCAAUCGGGCUAUCACUGUCUCCUAUGCUUACAAGAAAGACACGAAAGGUGAACGUCACGGGACACUUGCAGAGCGCAUGUUGGCAUCUAGCAAUCCCAACACAACGAAAAGUCGACCACACACUCUGUUUGCAAGUGGACCUCCAUCAUUGGUUGGUCCUCCACAACUUGGGCAAGGUCUUCCUCCUGCUCCUCCUCAAGCUAACGGUAACAUGGGCAUGCCCAUGAAUGGGCACAUGCACCCCCCACCAUUCGCUGGUGGCCCUCCGCCAAUGCCUCCUCCUCCACAAGGGAAGAUGAUGCAAGGUCAGCCAGCACCCCCACAGGGCUACGGGGGUCCUAUGCAGCAACCGCAACAUCUCACCCAGGGUUCUCAUCAAAUACAAGGUGGUCAAGGUCCACCCCUUCAAUGGGGAAAUCAGCCUCAACAGAUGAUGCAGCAACAAGGCAUGCCUCCACAAGGGAUGCCACCUCCGCAAUUCAGACCUGGUCCUCCAGGUUCACGUCCUCCCAACAUGCCUCCACCUCCUCACGGUUUUCAUGUUGGCCCACCGGGGGGCCCUCCACCUAUGGGUAUGGGAGGACCCCCUCCUUGGGGCAGAGGGCCGCCACCACAGGGCAUGCGUCCACCUCCACCAGGCAUGCAGCAGCAGCAACAGCAGCAGCAACAGCAGCAGCAACAACAGCAGCAGCAGCAGAUGAAUCAACAACAGAUGCAACAAGGUUUGCCUCCACCUCCCCGAGGUCCUCCUGGUAUACCCCCACCUCCUCCAGGUAGCAUGAUGGGAGGUUCUGGUGUGCGGCCACCUCCGCCACCAGACAGCCAGGGUAGAUAGAAAUCCAGUGUAGGUAGGCUAUUCCUUUAGAGAGUACUGUAGUAAAUUGUGAGAGCAAUGUGGAGAAUGUCUUGUAGUUUCUUACGGGAUAUGGUUUUGGCUGCACCAUGUGAAGUAACUCUUAACCUUGUACCACUUCGGGCUACGACCUUCAGUGUACAUCUCAACUCAUUCCGAAAUUUAAAAAUGAGUCUGCGGUGUGUCCAGCAUGGGGUUCAUUAA